CUCUCUUGCACGACAUAUGUGUUUUGCAGGAGGGUGCUCUCAAUUGCCUUGCCUGUUGUGCAAUCCCCGCCGUGAGAGAGAGAGAGAGGGCGAGGGAAAAGGACUUCUCCCUCCCCAGCGCUGCAGCGUCUCUUCGUUCGUAGCGAGGGUCCCCCCUCCCUCCCUCUGUUCCCCAAGCUGUGAUCUCAGAUCUGUGACUCAGAGAGACUUGCAAUCCUGACACUGCAACGUGUGGUUGGUGGAGAGAGCGAGAGCGAAGUGGGGCGCUGGGUCCCGAGCCAGGUACACUGCAGGACUUUUGUGCGCAGAAGGGAAGCUGCGAGCAGCGUGGCUGACAACUGCACGGAAUAUUCGCGGUUGCAAGAAAACUUACUCCUGGCUUUCCGGGUAGCCUUGUGGAGAUCGGCCCAGGCUUUCUUGGGGUGUGUAUUUUAUUUUUCGGAAGGGGAUCGUUCUAGGGGAUCUAAGGCAAAGAGGACUGACGGGAAUUUCCUUUUAUUUCGCGCAUGAGAGGAGGGAGGUGGACCUCAGAAUCCCUUUGAAUUACAGAGGAUAAAGAAGGCUAUCAGUUUGAAAUCUGAAUCUCAUACACCUCAACAUGGAUUUAAUUGGAGAGUGAAGAAAACUCUUUGCUGCCUUCUUUUUUAUCACCUUUAUCUUCUGCUCUAGCAGCAGCAAUGGGUUGGCUGUUUAUCUGAUUUUUGUUGUUGUUCCUGGGUGGACAUCCUGUGCCAUGAGUCUGCAGGCUCACCCUAAAUCUUCGACCAAGAGGGCUGGAAAGCGGAUUGCAUUUUUCGGUGAGCAAGAUGUCCCAAUGAAAGAGGCGCAGCAGCAGCAGCAGCUAAAAGGAGGGCAGUAUUAUGGGCAUGGAGGGAGUGUGCCUUCCUCUCAAGCUAUGGAGCUUUCCAAAUCAGGUGUCUUCGCCGGAAUCCCCAGCAAUGCAGUUUUGCUGAACUCUAUUUAUGCUCCAGAUAGAGGUGAGUCACGAAUGACUCCCCAGCAAGUGGCUGCUAUCAAGUGGCAGAACUCCCUGAUGGGGAACCAGGUGGCUGAGAGGGAUGAUACCAGUUGGCAACAUCCGCCUGGAGGAUGGAACCAUGGAAUGGUCUAUGGAGGCAGCCAGAAAGGGGGGCACCCCAAUGCCAGCAUCCCAGGUUUCUACAGCCACCCUGAUACCAUGAAAAGAAAUCACGAGAAAGGUGUGAUGGUGUCCCAGCUUGACCUGUAUGGAGAUGCUGUCCAGCAGAUGAUGUCUCAGAAAGCUCAGCUGGAUCAGCAAACACUUGCUAGACAGCAGGCCCAGAUGAAUUCUUUCCAGCAGCUGCAAAAACAGCAACAACAGAGUCAGCCUCUGCCUCUGCAGUCUUUCCAAGUGGCCUUUGGCCACCAGGGCCAGAAGCAUCCUGAGUUGUUGCACGUCUUUCAGCAGGCUCCCACUUCUUCCAGCCCAGCUUUCACCACCCAGCAGAAGCAACAAGCGCUUCCACAGUUGCAGCUGUUUGAGAACUUCUAUCCACAGCAGCAGCAUCACCAACAGGCAUCCAUGCAAGCCUUUGGCAUCCAGCAGGCUGCCUCUGUAGCACAGCCUCAUGUGGUGGCACCAUCCCAGCCCCCCCAGCAUCACAUGGUUGCCCAUCAGUUCCACCAAGUUCCUGAGAGGAAUCAGGAGCUGCUGAAAGCCCUAACGGAACAGAACCCACAAACUGUACUACCUCAAGCUCAGAUCUCCCUCCCAAGAAGAUCAAGAAGGCUCUCUAAGGAAGGUGUCCUGCCACCAUCUGCCACAGAGGAAGUAUUGGCUUCCAGGCCAGCUGAGGAAUAUUCUGGUAAUAUGUUGCCACAUCACUGGCAACCACAGCAGCAUCCAGAAGUCCAAUUUCAACACCAGUCUGAAACACUCAAUAGUAACAGAGAGACUUACUCACAGCUGAACAAAGUAGAAAUAGAACAUGGGGAGAUGCCAGCUGGAGGUGAAGUGGAGAAACCAGGCACGUACGAAAGUACUAGAGAGGGAGAAAAGCAGGUGGCCACAACAGAUGGUGUUAGCCAGAGAACUAAUGACUUUGGAGGAGUUAGAGGUGGUGUCAUCCAGAGCACCCGGAGAAGGCGACGUAUUUCCCAAGAAGCAAAUUUGCUGACCCUGGCUCAGAAGGCAGUGGAGUUGGCUUCUCUUCAAAACGUCAAGAACCCAGAAGCUUCAGAAGAAAAGAAUAGAAGUGAGGCGGUGGCAGCAGCACCCAGGAGUGUUGUGGAAUAUGCCAGUUCUCCACCAGCCCCAAAGAGAACCCGUGAGGACAGCAGCCUUGUACCUCUCAUCAUUCCUGUGUCUGUACCAGUGAGGAGACUGGACUCUCAAGAUGUUGGCAGGGAGAAAGGUGAAGAAGGAAAGUUUCAGAGGUUCAUGACAAAUGACCGUGGCCUUUCUGAAAGCAAACCUUCUGUAAUAGUCACUAGGAGAAGGUCCAAUCGCAAUUUGAACAUGGACAUGUCUGCUCAGCAUGAAGGUGCUGUUCCAAAAGAAGAAAUGGAGGGGUUUGCCCGGAAACCAAAGCAACGGCCCAGGCCGGAGCCUCUCUUCAUUCCACCAAAAGCCUUCAUUGCUCCUCCAGUCUAUUCCAACAUCACACCGUAUCAGAGCCACUUACGCUCGCCUGUCCGCCUGGCAGAUCAGCCUUCUGAUAGGAAUUUUGAGCUACCUCCUUACACUCCCCCUCCAAUACUCAGCCCAGUGCGAGAGGGCUCAGGGCUGUAUUUCAAUGCUAUUCUUUCUGCGAGUGGUAACUCAGUUCCGCCCCCCAUGACUCCUAAAAGUUCACACAGGACUCUGCUGAGAUCCAAUAGUGCAGAAGUCACCCCUCCUGUUCUUUCAGUAAUGGGAGAGGCUACUCCAGUCAGCAUUGAACCGCGUAUCAACGUGGGAUCCCGGUUUCAAGCGGAGAUCCCACCUCUUAGAGAUUGGUCUCUGGCAGCUUCUGACAAGCCCAAGGCAGAGCUAGUGUGGCAGCCAUGGGAGGAACUUGAAACCAAUGCAUCUGUCCAAGAGAAUGUGGAAAAUCUGCUGACUGCUGCUUGCUCAAGUAUAUUUCCUGGAGGUGGUACCAAUCAGGAGCUGGCAUUUCACUGCUUACAUGAAGCAAAAGGAGACAUUUUGGUUGCUCUGACCAAAUUGCUGCUGAAGAAGACUGUGUGGUCUCCAAACCACCCACUGGCAGACUAUCACUAUACAGGAUCAGAUAGGUGGAGUGUACAGGAAAAGAAGCUUUUCAAUAAAGGCAUUGCUAUCUACAAGAAAGACUUCUUCCUGGUCCAGAAACUUAUAAAAACCAAGUCUGUAGCCCAGUGUGUGGAGUUUUAUUAUACAUAUAAAAAGCAAGUGAAAAUAGGCCGUAAUGGAGCCCUAAUCUUUGGGGAUGUUGAUGCUACCACUGAAAGAGCUGUUAAAGAUGAAGCUGAAGUAGAUAUCAAGAGUUCCCAUAGGCUUACACGUACGCUUCCUCCCAGAACAUACAAUGAAGAUUAUGAAAACUCCGAAGAGGAGGAGGAUGAAGAGGAGAGAGAGGAAGAAUUGACCAUAAAAGAAGAAAUAAUAGAAGAGGAAGAGCUUCAAGACAAGAACAGCAGUACAAUGCCUUCCAAACCCACACAGGUUCUACACCCUGAAGACCAGGCUGGCAGCAUCCUUACUGAAAGAUGUCGGGAGCCUGGUGUUCCUCGAGGGACAGAACCUAGAGGUCGAGCCUCAAGGAGGACAAAAGAGACUCCCAUUAAAUAUCGAAGGACUUCUCCACCUGCACAGAAGAGAAGACGAAAGCCAAAGCCCAAACAAGACACCACCAACAAAGCCCAGAACCAAGAGGAAGAAUUUCCGUGUAAAAAAUGUGGCAGAAUCUUCUACAAAGUGAAAAGCCGUAGUGCUCACAUGAAGAGCCACGCCGAGCAGGAAAAAAAGGCAGCUGCUCUUAAGCAGCGAGAGAAGGAGGAAGCUGAGGCGGCGGCAGCAGCUCGGAGCCGGGCACAGCACGAACAGAGCAGUAACAGUGGGAGCAGCAGCAGCUCCAACUCCAGCUCUGAUGAAGAUGGAGACGUUUAGCAGAGGGCCAGAGGAGGCUGAGAGCAUAGCCAGGCUGGAGCCAGACUCUCGGCACACUUGCGUCUGUACCUUUCCUCAUCUACAGAGAUUCCAGACUCCUCACUUCCACUUGCCUUGCUCAGUACAGCUGGAGUUGAACAGAUGGAUUAAAAGAAAAAUGUGUGACCUUGAAAUUUUUUAUUUUUAAAAAAGAGCCAACAUUUUAUGAAUCAUUUUAUUUAUAAAUUGAACAACUUACUAUGGAGUGAGACUUGGUUUUCCUUCUGUACAAACAGGCCUUCCUUGUCCUUACGAGGAAUCUUUGUAGUAAUCCUUAGGUGUGACAUGCACACAUGAGGAGGAGAAAAAUGUGCAGAGGUUAAAUAUGUCCAGAAGUUGACACAAGUGACUUCAAAAAACUUUCCCAGAUAACUCAAGGAAUCCAUAACUUUUCCUCCAAUUGCUACAUUUUGCUGUUGUCUGUCCAGUUCAAUGCUCGCUACUGGUCUCAAUCCAUCUAGUUAGGGAUAAAACCAAUAUACAUUUUCCCACCUGUUUCCUAUCAUGUACUUCCUACACCAGUUAGGUGCCAGAACAAGCUUUUUGUGGACAGCGCAACCCCCCACCCCAAGACCCAAGAGAGCCAAUCUUUGAAAGACACUGAAAAUAGCAUGGCUAGGAUUAUUCCUGGAAGAAGCUGGCCCUUCACUGUUAUAUUUUUGCAUACUUGCUGCAAAUAAAAACAGACCUUGACUGCUGGGAAGGCCGUAGGUCAUUGUGAGAGCACAUGUGGUAUUUGCACAAAGGCCCAUGUUCAGUCCAUAGUAUUUUCAGAUUAAAAAUAUCUCAGGUAACAGGGCAAGCGUAGACUUUUCUGCCCUGGGAUAUUGUAGAGCCACUGCCAGUUGGAGCAGAUGGUAAUGGGCUUGGUAGACAAAUGGUCAAACUUCAUGUAAGGCAGUUUCAUAUGUUCAUAUAUUAUAGCAGCUGUAGUCUUUUUGUCAAGUCACAGUAUUGAGAAACCCACUAUGAAACUGCCUUGCUUUGUGUCUUUGAAAAGUUGGGCAUGAUACUGGUAUAUUUUUCUUUCUCAUCUUACCCAUUCCUUCAUAAAUAUACCAUAAAGGAAUAGCCAAUCUUAAAAGAUGAAAGUAGAAAAGUCGUACUUGUUUUUACCCAUCUAUUCUGAAAGGCUAUCUAAGAAGCAUCAGAAGAACUUGAAUGCUUUUUAUUCAGUCCUAGUACAUUGGCUGGGCUGUGACUCUCACCAGUCUGUAUUCAGAAUGUUCUCUUUUAGCACUGCCUUUAUUGGAGAAAUGGAAGAAAAUCAAAGACCUCCAAUAAGUAGUAAUAAUAAUAUUUGAUUUAUAUACCGCCCUUCAGGACAACUUAAUGCCCACUCAGAGCUGUUUACAAAGUUAUCCCCACAACAAAACACCCUGUAAGGUGGGUGGGGCUGAGAGAGCUCCAGAGAGCUGUGAGUGACUAGCCCAAGGUCACCCAGCUGGCUUCAAGUGGAGGAGUGGGGAAUCAAACCCGGCUCUCCAGAUUAGAGUCCCACGCUCUUAACCACUACACCAAACUGGCAUAGUAAAGUAACAAAAUAAAGAACAAACACAUUAAGAUUUGCUAUGAUAAAUGUUGAGCUUAUCCACAAUUUUGCUGUAAAGAAUACAGCAGUAUUCUAAACUUGUGUAUACGUGGCACAGUACAAUGACAGUUGUGGGCCAGGAAGGGGGUGGGAAUGGAGCAGGGAAAAGGCGCUUCAGUAAUUGACAGUAAUUAAAGAUAAAAUAAGAGUUAAAGACUCUCACCAUCCAAAUGGGCAUGUCUGUGUGAUGCUCAGUAAAUAGUUCUGUAAACUUCUAUCCAGAAAAAUUUGAGUUCUUUCCUAAAAUAUCUGAAUUUCCUAGAAUAUUUGAAUACCUGAACAUGCAUUUAGUGUGCAUUUUGCAAAUUUCAAUCACUUGCAUAUUUCUGUUGCCAGACAUGGCUUUUAUGCUUUUAAGAAUCAAAAGUUGCAUCAGUGGAGGGAAAGGAGGCAUAGAACCUUUAGUUUUUACCAUCCCUUUGAUGAUUCUGUGGAUAAAGAACUUAUGCAAAUUAUAUCUGGGGUGUAUUCACUACCCCCAAGCCAUAUUCCUGUUGUACCUUGGGAUACAAAAAUGCCGCCCUCCCCCUUGUAAAAGAAAAUUAUAUGGUGGCAGAAGCCCACAACACUGAGAGCCUGUUUUAGACACGUGUAAAGCCUAGAGACACAUUUUUAUGUUAGGUAGAAGGUUUCUGUUGACUAGAUUGCCCCAUGCACACACUUUGCAUAUUUAAUAAUGUGCACCAGUUCUGUGAAAUGUUACCAGGUUGUCUUCCUGUGAAAAAAGGAAGGAUUCUCAAAAGCACUUUAUAAUAAAGCUUAUGAGUGAUUUUUAUCCCAAUACACCACCCCCAUGCCCCUAAAUUUCAUUCUUUGAGACAAGUACUUCAAUCACAGUUUUAGAUAAUGGAUUUUUUGUUGUUUUCUAUGGAAAGAAAACGGCAUGUGACAAAAAUAAAUAGGGGUUUGUGUUAUUUUAGGCCAAGGGGUUUUUAAAUUCCAGUUUAAACAUACAUAAACUAGAGCCCUCUUCAGCAAAUGCUUAUCAGUGGAUCCUUUUUGUUAAGAAGACCUAAGGCUCCACACCCGUUAUAGAUGUCAGCUAUCUUGACAUAACCAGUGAAUGGUCUCUCUUUAUUCCUGAGUAGAAUUUUACACGAAUACAUUUCGCCCUGUACUUCCUAUAUUGUGUAGGUCAUAGAUCCUGUUUAUUUUUCAAACUUUCUACAUAAAAUGACUGCCUAGUGAUGGAUCCACUCAUUGCAGCCCGAAUAAGUGGGCUUUAGUACAAGACAGUGUAUGCUGGAAUAAAAAUGCUAGUAGUCUUGUAAGAUGCUUGUUUUUUUUUCCUAGCAGACUAACAUAAUUACUUCUCUGUAAUUGUAAGUGGCUGUACUUUGGAGACAUUAGGAUGAAUCCAAUGCAGUAUUUCUACACACGUGACUCUCAUGGCUCCCCCUCUCUUGGCAGUCCAAAACGCAGCCUAAAGUGUUGCUCCUGGGAGGAAGGGAGCCCCAGAGGCAGGAUUGAGGGAGGAGCUGCAGAAGUUCUCAUGUCCAUGGAAAGAUCCGUGAAUGUUGGAUCUACCCCAUUGAUUACUAAUAUGCAGGUAACAGUGUUCUAAAAGAAAAAGUUGUAGAGCCACUUCUUUAUGAAUCCCCCCCCCCCCAGGUGCAGACAGGGAAGAAUUUCAUUGCAGAACAUCGCUAAAUGGAGGUAUAGGAAGCAUAUGUUUAGACUUUUCUUUAUAACCAUGAGUGGCAGGAACUGUGCUGGCCCUGACUGCCUUGUAACUGAAAAUAGCUGGGGGGCGUGUUCGCAUGUGUGUCCCCUGACUUAAAACUAAAACCCCAUAAAAAAUGAGCUUUCCAGAAGACAGGUUGUUUUUGACAGCUUGUGUGCUAGGAGCAUUUGUAUGUGGAGGAAAGCUGGUGCAUGGUCUACAGCCGGUUGUGUCAUCUGACUAGCUGUGCAGUUGUGUUGCAAAAGGAUGGCCCAGGGUUCAGUUGCCAGAGCACUUGGGUUGCAUGCCUGACGUCCCUGGCAUUUCCAGUUACAAGAGUCUCAGCAGAGUUGGGGGAGCUGCUUCCUGUCACAGGAGGACAGUGCUGAGCUAGGUGGACCAGUUGUCUGACUUGGUGCAAGGCAGCAUCAGUGUUCACUUUUAUAGUGAAAUAAUCCUCUUGGAACUAACCUUUGAAUUUGUUCCGUGGCAAGUCAGCUCUCCUUUUAAACUGAGCCUUUCCAGCACUUUGUGCUCUUUGAAAAGCACAACACUUGAUGCUAAGAUGCACUCCAUGCUCUUCUGUCAGCUCAAGAGUAGUUCUGAGAAUCUGGUAGGAUUCUUCCCCUGCCUUUCUGUUGAGUUUGAUAGCAUUCAGCAGCGUGAAAAAUGCAAAGCGUUGCAUUUUGUAACAUGAUUUUGAAGACACUAUAUUAGACACGAUAGAUAGAAAUCAGCUGUAUUUUCCUACAAAAUUGCAAGUGAGCUGCAUGCUGCCAUUUUAAAUUUGGCACAGCUGUAUUAAGGUUUUGCAAUGCUCUAGUAUGUCUAGAAGUUGGAAAUGACUCCAUCCUUUAAUUGGCUACACAGAACAACUAACCAUAGUACUCCCUGGCUGUACUACAUUUAGAGGGUUGAAUGCUGUGGGUCUGUUUUGUAAAUGGUGACAGCCUCUUCCAGUGGAAGAAGCAUGUUCUGUUGGAGGCUCUAAUAUUAGUGAAAUAUAUUCAUAGGAGCCAAUCCACUGAAUAGAACUUUAGGUAAUCAGCAUCCCAUAUAUCAUACACUAAGGUUGCAAUCUUAUACAUACUUCUUCGUAAAUCUUCCUGAACCCAGUUGAGCCUGCUUUUGAAUACACAUACAGAGGAUUGUACUGCACAUGCAGUUAAGCAUAAGAAAGUUGAAGAUGGAAAUGAGUGUUUUCUUAUCUGUUGGAAAGGUGUACUUGUCGCUGUUUCAGUAAAUCUGCCUAUUGUUGCUCUCUCCCUCAGUCAUUAUUAAAUUCGUAUGAUCAGCUGUAUUUUUGUAGAGAGCUUGUAGUUCAGACAUCUCUUUUAACUAACGUGAUGUGGAGAUCAUUUAGCCAUACGUGUCUUAAUCAGCUUCCAGCUCUUUUCUGCUAGUGCCAUAUGGCUGCGGUCUAGUGUGUCUCAGUAACCUUUAGAGCUUUUUUGUGGCUAUCUCAAGCACUUAUAUUCUAAGAAUCUUUUUCCAUGCAUGCUUUCCCACUCGUGCAGCUUCACACAAAUGAUUCACUGAUGUGCACUUUAUAGGAGUUAAAUGUCUCAGAGGUAGAAUAGCACAAACAUUUCUGCCCCUGUGGCUCUACUGUUUUUCCCCACGGGCCUGUUUGAAAACCUUCCACUUGGGUUCAGCUGCUGCUUUUAUCCCAUAACAUUUGCCACAGUGCAAAGGCUGAAAUCCUCCAUGCACUGUGUGCAACUGCUAUGCAUUUCAGAAAACUGCUUGGGAUUCCUGUUGAAAUGAGUGAAGAUUUUGUGGUUGGCUGUAGUGCCAGAGAGACUGUGGCCCUAAUCUUCAGCUGCUUACAUUUCCUCUCCCCCUGUCCGCCCUUCUGGAACGGGGGGGUUUAUAUCAACAGCUGAACCUAUAAAGAUCCCCAGCUGCUUAUGUUCAGGAGGAGACAAAUAUAUAUAUUUUUGUAAAAUGUAUUUGAGCUUGAGGGGUUUUUUUUCUAAAAACAAAAAAGCCACCCCUUUACAUCUUGAAAUUUUCUGGUGGUUCUGAAGCUCACAUUUGGUACAAAUUGGCUUUUCUUGGGUGUAAGUUUAAUUUGUAACGUCGGAGCUUUUGAUGUAUUGUACAUAAACAGUCUCUUUGUAACUAUUGUAUAAAUGCUUCAUUAAAGUAUAGAGCUUUUAUUUUAACAAAUGAGCAAGAACGGCCUUUUGCUGCACUUUUUAAAAGACUGUUACAUAUUAAAAUACUGUACAUACAAAAAUAUUAUAUACCUCUUGUGUACAGAUGUCAUAGACCAGACAAUUUAUUUUUGUGCUUUUUUUUUUACAAAAUAUUAAUACACUAAAAGUCUUGCUGAUGUGAUUAAUGUACUCAUGUAACUUAUUUACUUCUGAAUGUUCCAUUGUAUCUUUUUAAACCUUUUAUUAAAUAAGGUUUAAAAACA